UACAGAAAAGCGUAUCACUUGUGCCUCACAAGUUAGUGUUAAACGUUGCAUAUCGCGGUUUACGAAUCACGAAACGUGGUCCGACAAGUUUAGACAAUCGUCAUCAAAGAAAAACUGGUGAAGCUGACCGUACUCAACACAGGUAUCUAAAUAUGUAUCGGAAUAGUUGCGAAGAGGCGAUAAGAGAUCAUACAUACACGUAAUCUUUGCUAUAACGAAACUUACGUAUCGACAAGUAAACGUGCUUGUGAUGUUGAAAUACGAUUGUGUUAAUAAAACGAAGUUUUGAAACACGUAAGAUCAGUGACCAAAGGAGUAAUGUAAUUUGAAGUUAGUACGACGUCAAAGUGAAAGUGAGACACGAAAUCGUAUUUUUCCAUUGAAACUACACUCAUGCUACGCUUAUAUUACGAUCAUCAACAUGUGCUUACGGCGAAGAAAAUAAAACCACUUAUGAUUUGAUUAUUUUUGCGACAUGAUAUGACUUUAAAAAUAAUAUCAGUUAAAAAUUGUAAUCCCAUAUACAGUACAAAUUUUUCAUCGGAUAAAUUACAUCAUCCUUUUAAAAGAAAUUACACGCCGAUACGAUUAUGCGUUCUUGUGACAGGAUAAGCAUCGCAUACAUGAUAACAAGGAACUUACUGAAUCACAGUUAAGAAUUUAUGCAAGAAAUACAGAACAAUAUAAUAAAUUAUAAAAAUUGUAAAAAACAAUUGACAUUGUAAAAUAGUUAAAAAACAACAUGAUAUGAGUAAAAUAUGCGUAUAAUCAGUGAUAUUUGAUGUAUAAGAGGUAUCAAAAAAAGAUUAAGAGGGAGUCAUCGGUGUUUGCAAAAGGUACAGUUACACGUUGCCGAAUCAGAUUCAGUGAGAACGUAGCACAGAAUCGGAACUCUCGAUCGAAGUCGAGCGCGUGUAAUCGAUCGUUGUAUUUUCGACGUGUGUUCCCCUUUUUUACACUCAACGGAAGAGCGAGGAUAUCUACCACGUUUUGAGCGAUCAAAAAAAUGUUACAAUCAAUAAAGUGAAUAAUUCUCAAUUUUUUUUGUCUCAAAACACCGGCAUUCGUACGAAAGCGUGUUUAUGUGCGGGCGAACCAAAACAUCAAUGACCUUGAAAGAGGAACAGUCACGUGACCGUGAGAGAGCACGAGGAUUGGAUAGUCGAGGCGCAUAUAAUGUGUAUUGCGCCGUGCGCGCCCUGCGUCCCGCAUUCUGUGUCCGAUAGAUGGUAGAGGUUUAGCGGGGAAAAGGGGCUAAAGCAGACUACGCGACGGCAACGACGACGACGACGACGAGGACGACGAGAAAGACGAGAGAGAGUGCCGUUCGCCCGUACGUUCGUGUGUGUGCGCGCGCGUUGCUCGGUUGUGUUGCCCCCAAGAUGAAGUCCGACUCUAAACCUUUGUUGACAGCUCAGGCGGAAAAGGCGAAUCAUUACACAUACUUGAAGGAAUUUCGCAUCGAACAAUGUCCCCUCUUUAUACAGCGCAAAUGCACACAACACCGACCCUUCACGUGCUUCAACUGGCACUUUAUGAACCAGCGGAGGCGUAGACCGGUGAGAAAGAGGGACCGCACCUUCAACUAUAGCGCCGAUAAUUAUUGCAUCAAGUACGACGAAACCACCGGCAUAUGUCCAGAUGGAGACGAGUGUCCAUUUCUUCAUCGUACUGCUGGAGAUACAGAAAGACGUUACCACCUACGUUAUUACAAAACUUGCAUGUGUGUUCAUGAUACGGACUCACGUGGAUUCUGUGUUAAGAAUGGACCUCAUUGUGCCUUUGCACAUGGCAAUCAUGAUAUUCGACCACCUGUCUAUGACAUUAAAGAGAUACAAGCAUUGGAAAACCCUGAUUCUGAUCCCAAUUCAUCGUCCAAUGGACCAAACAUACUUGAUAAGGAACGAAACUUAAUGAAUGAAGAUCCUAAGUGGCAGGAUACAAAUUAUGUACUUGGGAAUUAUAAAACCGAACCUUGUAAACGCCCACCAAGACUUUGUCGUCAGGGUUAUGCUUGUCCACAGUAUCAUAAUAGUAAAGAUAAAAGACGUAGUCCACGUAAACACAAGUAUCGAUCAACACCUUGUCCUAAUGUAAAGCAUGGAGAAGAAUGGGGUGAACCAGGCAAUUGCGAGCAGGGAGAUGCCUGUUCAUAUUGUCAUACACGUACAGAACAGCAAUUCCAUCCUGAAAUAUACAAAUCUACAAAGUGCAACGAUGUACAACAAGCUGGUUACUGUCCGCGCGGAGUCUUCUGUGCUUUUGCACAUGUUGACCGUGAGUGUACCCUCAUAAAUCUGUUGCCAACAGAAGAAAUGAGCCUGGCGAGGGACAUGGCAGUACCUAUAGAAUGUGGCACCAAUCUGGCAGAUAUUCUCAGCAAUGCGCUUCCGCCUGAUAAGCGUACUCAUGAAAAGGAUAAACCACUUAGCGAUAGCAGUAAUGGAAGCGGUGAAGUAUCAGAAUCAGCAAGUACUAGUAGUAUUGGUAGCAAUAGUUCACACAGCAAAGCUCCUGGUGCUCAACUUCAUAACUCUAAUUCCAAUACUACUGUAAAUACUUCCAAUCAACAGAAGUUAACAAGUAUACUUUACAAUCCCAGUUCUCUUAUUCAAGUUGGUGAAAUACGAAAACAAAUGGUUGCUAUAGAUAGUGAUCCUUUAUUAACAAAAGCUGAAAAAGCACAACAGAAACAAAGUCUAUACAUUGCUUAUAGUUUAAAUGGUACAUUGGGUAGUCAUUCAUUAGCGACUACUGUUUCGCCACUUUCAAGUUCAUUUUACCCAAAUGACACUGUGGAAUCUGUAGUAGGAAAUGCAUUAGAUGAGUUACAUCUAGAUGAUCCUUUAAAUUUAGUAGAAUCAAUUCAUAGGGAUACUAAUUCACCAAUUAGCAAUUCAAUAUCAGCAGGCCUAGCAAGUUCUGGAUUAUUGGGAAGCUCUGCUCCAGUUAAUAUUCCGGGAAUGGCAGAACGUUCUGUUCUUUCUAAUUUUUCACCAUCUACAUCCAGUCCACUUCAGCAACUACAUUCAUCUGGUUUUCUUACCGGGUCCAGAUUUUCUCAUCAAGAUUCGAUGGAAUCGACAAUGCCAUUUAUGAAUCAAGUAUCAGAUCCAUUUAGCAAUCAUAUUUCACAACUUAGCAGUUCAGCUUCUAAACUUAGUGGAUUUAAUAGUAGCUUAUUUGAUUUUACGAAUCAAGGAAUGUCUCCAUCUCGUACACAACCUCUCCCAGCAUCUCCAUUGGUAAAUGCAUUUUCCAUUAGUCCGAGUAAUACAGGAUCUUUACCUGAGGUACAAAGGCUUAGAGAAGAAUUAACGUCGAGCCGCGUUCAAUUAGCAACAUGGGACGAACGAAUUAAUCAAGCUAGAGCAGCUUGUGCAGCAUGGCAAUUAGAAACUGAAGAAGCUACAAAUAGAGCAAGAAUUGCUGAACAACAGAGAGACGAGGCCUUAUUGAAAGUGAAAGCAUUGACGGCCGAAAAUGAAGCAUCUAGUGGUGGCCCAUACCUUCAUACUCUAAGAAGAACAAAUGAACUCAGAUCAUUAUCGAUAGCUGCAUUAAAAUCAAUUCAAUCGCAGCUCCGUUCGGAUCUUGAAGAAGUGGAAAAGAGAACCAAUGUAAAUUGAAGAACAAGCAACACAAAAGACCUCGGAAACAAAGACGUCCGUGGUCACCCUGGCAAAAGAAUACAAAAUAAUUGAAACAAUAUUUGCAAGAUAAUAAUGAUAGACUAUAAAGUAAUUUGUAGAUAUCUGAAAUUGUUCUGGUUGUAGUUAUUUCUGUAUGUGUAUUUUAUACGAUUAUUGUAAUUGUGUGUAUUCUAAACUCAUAUCAUACUAGUUUUUCUGUGGAUUUAAAUUUGUAUAUGUAUUUAAAAAUUAUCGUAAUUGAUGUGUACUGAAAUUUGCAGAAGUUACGAAAGAGACAGGCAAAACUCCAUAAUAAAAAAAGAUAAUAAUUCAAAUUGAAUACUUCUAUAAAAUUAAAUAACUAUAUUUGAUACAUAAUAUUUAUGUUGAUAUAUUUGCUUAGUCUAUAAAGUUCAAUUUCAAAAAGACAGUUAAAAAGAAAUAUUUAUAUGAGUGGAGGUAUCAUAAAAAUAUAUAUAACGAAUUGGUUUCGUAUUAAAUAAAGUCUCGAAAACACUAAACGAUGCCCGUCUCUGUUGCAUAACAAAAGAAAAAUUGUAAAACUCAGUUUCUUUAAAUUGAAGUUCAUCAAAAAUGCUGCCAGUAAUAAAGAACAACCUAUCGAUGGAAGUGUGCAAACAACCAGAAACAUAAUUUUUAAAUGAUGACUGUAUAGUAAUAUCGUAUACCAAGCAAAUUGUACAACAUAGUAUUUUAAUAUAGCGUUUCACGUUAUAAUUCAAUUUUUAUAAAAGCAAAUGGAUUUUUCCAUUCGACUUUAAAGACAAAAUAUUCCUUUCAAAAACAUUUUGCUUUCCAUUUUACAUAUUUUAUAAUCCAAAAAUAAAUUGACUUGAAAUUUUUAGUUGCAUCCAGUCGAUAAAUUGCUUUGUUUGAUUUGUAUGUUGAUGAAAACAUCAUUAUUAAUACUUGCAAAUUAUGAGUGUGAUGAAUUAAUUACGGGUUACAUGUAUAAUCAUCCAAGAUAAUUUAGAGAUACUUUUCACACUUGUAAUUUGUAAUUGCAUACAAUUAAACACGAAAACACAUUCUAUUAUUCUUUCAUUAUUAAUUGUUGAAAUGUUAUUUAUGAUAAAGUCGAAUGGUAAACUGUAUAUCAUAUAGUUAACAAUGUUUGGUAUUCAAUAACAGAACAAAUGUUUAGUGUUAUAGACCAUAUAUGUCAUUUAAGAUGUCAAAAAGUAUCUUAUGGAUGCUAGAGAACGAAACAAUGUUUUGUAAUUUACUAAUAAUAUUAUUAUACAUUAAAAUUGCAUUUACUUGUCUAGAAUUUAAUGUAAAAUGCAAAAUUGCCGGAUCGGUUGUUCGUCUCCUCAUAUAUUUACUUUCUGUGAACAAAAAUACUGAAGAUAUUUUUACAUUUAUGUAUACAUAUAAACUUUUUAAAUAACUCUUAUAUGUUUCACUUACAACAAUAUUGUUUUAUACAAUUUUCUAUACAAUAAUUGAGGUAUAUUCGAAAAUUUCCAAAUAAUUUUUGUCUUUAAUAUCAAAGCUAAGAAAUUUUUAAAAUUUUAGUUUUUUAAAUUGUCGAACAGGUACAUAUUUUAUUUGUUUCGAAAUUGUUUUUUUUAAAGAUGGAUACAGGUUCCAAUUAAACACAUGGUUUUUGUAAAAAUCACGGUCCCCUUUCUUUAUAAUACAAAAUAAUUUCAUAUGAUAACACAACGUAAUGUCGACGUUCCAAUCAAGAAUCUUUUAUGAAGUACAAAAGUAAUAUGGGCUUGCAUUUUAAUCUCUAUGUCCUGCCAAAAUAACGCAAAUUAUUCGCAAGCCAGUAAUAGUGUUUGCUUAACGUUCAAAUAAAUUUUCAUAUCUGGUCGCAUACCGAAAGAAAGAUUGUAAUGAAACGUAAAAAAAACAUGCAGUAAGAAUUUUCGUUAUCGCGAACAAUUAUAGUAAAUUCUAAUGAAUGUCAGUACAAAUUGAAUAAUAAAGAAAAAAAAAAUGCAUUAUUUGCGUGCAACUGAAAAAAAAAAUAUUAACGACUCGUAUUUUUGGCAAUACAAUUUUAAAUAAUGAUUAAAUUAGUGUAGUAGUAGCUAGAAUAUUAGUAAAAAUAAAUUUUGUUCUAAGAUUUUUUCGAUGACUGAAAGUUUAUACAUACAUAUGUAUGUGAUUAUAUGUAUAUGAAUAAUAAUAAUGACGAUGACGAUGACGACGAUGAUAUGAUAAUAAUUAUUUCAUGGCGUAAUUUGUAGAACGAAUGUUUAUUAUUGCUUCUUAUGCUAUUAUUAGG